AUGAGUCUAGCAGUGAGAGACUUGAAGACAUUGAGCAAAAUAAAGCACUAUUACGGCUUCAAGUACGUACUUAAUCCUGCUGUGAACGAAGCUAUACUAGAAAAGCUGCAACUAGAAAAGACAUACGGUAAUCGAGCCCGAUGGAAGGUUCUCGAUCUGUAUCCGGGUCCCAGUCAGCAGGCUGCUCUUUUUUACAAUAGAUAUAAACCUGGACAAUAUGCGAUGAUGGAGUCGAGGCCUGAUUUCUUCCAGCACCUGUCACAGGAAUUUGCAGAGUCACCUCUGGAGAUCUAUAACAAGGACCCAUACGAAUGGUCAUCCUAUGUAGACCUCAUUGAUCGCUCGCAAGCGUUUGUUCCUGAGAAGCAGUCCUUGGACCAUAUCAAUGACAAGUUUCUCUGCCUGGCGAAUCUCACAAGCACCGGGCAUGAAGGCCUUUUGAUGCAAUGGUACGCUUGCAUUGGUAACCGAAACUGGAUCCAGCGGUUUGGACGUGUCAAGAUGCUCCUGUGGGUACCUACGACAGCGGCAAUUAAACUACUUGGUGUGCCAGGCUCACUAUCUCGAUCAAAGUGCUCGGUUGUUAGAGAGGCCUUUACGGAGACCAAGUUGGUGGCAACAUCCGAUACGAAAGAGAUAAAGCAGUUUGACAGUUCAGUAAUGCAUGCAAACAAUCCCAUCAUCUUUUCCAAUAAAGACGUUUGGCCAAGUCGAGAAAAAGGGAUAUCGCUGCUGGAGGUUGACCCAAAAGCACACGAUAUCGAUCUCGAUAAUUGGGAAUACGUUACAAAGCAUCUUCUGAUUUUGAAAAAAACUCCAUUACUGGAGGCUCUGGAUUCUCUUGGUCAUGGAGGGAAAGACUAUUUUAAAUCAAAAAUAGAAGAUAAGGAACUACUGAGGAAGACUCCCGGUGAGCUAACCAAUGACGAGUUCAUAUACAUAACGGGCCUGUUUGCCAACUGGCCCUUCAAGCCAGACAUUUACAUGGAUUUCGUUGACAUUUAUCAAGAGGAAAGUAUUAUGUAA